AUGAAUGUUGAGAUUUUGGUCUUGAGAUCCACCCUGAUCUUUUGUCAAAGACUAAGUUUUUUUGGAUUUGGACAAGGAGUUGAAGUUGAAAUUGUAUUGGAUGGGUGUGACACGAGGAAGGCCCUGGAGGUCAAGUUAGAAGAUGGUCGGAAAGAAUUUCACUUACUUUAUCUGGAUGGUGAAACUGUUUCUGGAAAGGUCAAUGUUAUUCUAAAGAAACCUGGAGUUAAAGUCGAGCAUUUUGGGAUAAAAAUUGAGUUUAUAGGACAGAUAGAUUUAUUUUACGAUAGAGGCACGAGAUAUGAUUUCACAUCAUUGGUCAGAGAACUUGCACGACCUGGAGAACUUGUUCAGACCACCGGUUACAGCUUUGAGUUCAACCAAGUUGAGAAGCCAUACGAAUCCUACAUUGGAUCCAACGUCAGAUUAAGAUACUUUUUGCGCUUGACAAUGGUUCGAAGAAUCACUGAUCUAGUGAAGGAGCAAGACAUUGCUGUUCAGACAUUAUCACAUUACCCAGACCAAACUACCUCAUUCAAAAUGGAGGUGGGUAUCGAGGACUGCCUGCACAUCGAAUUUGAGUACAACAAGUCUAGGUACGAUUUGAAGGAUGUCAUCGUCGGCAAGAUUUACUUCCUGUUGGUGCGCAUAAAGAUACAGCACAUGGAGGUGCAGAUAAUCAAGAGGGAGAUCACUGGAUCAGGAACUAACAUGUUCAGUGAAAAUGAGACAAUCGCCAAGUACGAGAUCAUGGACGGAGCACCAGUCAGAGGAGAGAACAUUCCCAUCCGCUUGUUCUUGAACGGUUACGACCUCACCCCAACAAUGCGUGAUGUUAACAAAAAGUUUUCAGUUCGCUACUAUCUCAAUCUGGUUCUCAUUGACGAGGAAGACAGGAGAUACUUCAAACAACAGGAAAUAACACUGUUCCGAAAAGCAGACAAAUGCUUCAGGAGAUCAGACAGAUCGGGAUUGGAUGGGGGUUCUAAUUGCUCCACCCCCUCUAUUGAACCAUCAACCAAUCAAAAUAUACCUAAUGAUAAUCUCAACUCCGAUGUGGAUAAUUGA